UCGUUUUCGAUUCAACCAAAGAGCCCCCAGCAUGCGUCUUGUUCAGAAAAUGCUCACGAAGAUGUCGCGCCUGUCAGGCAGCAACUCCCUGCGUUGUGCAACGAUGCGGCAUCAGAUCGGCGCCAGGCUGAAGCGCCGCCCGACUGUGGCAGACCGCCGUUUUGCACAGAACAUGAACGAAGAAGUGAAGAAGCCAGGAUCGGCCCUGGUGUCGAUGCGUGAGUUCUUCAUGCAUCCCCAGACAUGGGACCGGAACAAUGGCUACUUUAACGUGGUGCUGGCCCUGUCCAUAUUCGGCUUUUGCUUCUUCAACUCGUGCUGUCCCAGCGAGGAGAAGGUCGCCACAACUGACAAGCUGCCAGUCCCGCCCAAGAAGUGAAGACUCACUCACCUUGAUUGCACGCGCACACCAGGCCGGAGUUGGUCGAGUGGCACUUGGCGUUCAUGUCGCAGAGCGUGGGGUUGUUGAGGCAAUUCUGCUCCUCGAUGCACACGUAGCCAUCGCCAUGGUAUCCGGCGAUGCACUGGCACUCGUAAUUGGCGGGAUCCCUGAAAGCAGAAAAUAUAAAUAAAACAUGAGAACAAACCUCGUGA